CUAGAUCUACCAGGAAACAAUAUGGCGUGACACCCCCUACUAAAAAAACUAAAUAUCUUUUUUUCGGCUCAAUAUGAAUUUGCGACGAGUUAAACUUCAAUUAAGCACCACAUCCUACUCAUGAACUUAGAACCACACCAGAUUCCUGCAACUGAGUCACCAGCUGUAUUAGAAAAUACCAACACACCAUCCCAUGAUUCAGAAAGACUUGGUCAUUCUGACACUGACUAUGAAAAGAACUCCACUGAAAAUGUUGUGCCUGGACCACAAAGUCUUACAGAAUCUGGGUACGUAACUUAUCCAUCUAGUGUUGAUGUCACAGUCACAGGUAGUGUCAUUUUAGAAGGAAACACAAGUCUACAUCAUUAUUAUGCUUCAAGAAAUAUUAGGCCUUCACAGGGAUUAGAAGAAACAGUUUGCAAUGAUAACCUGAAUUUGCCUGAAAGUCAUGGGGAAAAUGAUGCAGCUGUUCAUUUUGUUGAGGUUAGCUAUGGUGAUUCAAUGGAAAAUGUUGGUCAAGGAACUGUUGAAGGGUUAGGAAACCUGGAGAGCACUGUGUUACAGCAUCAAGCUGUACAGCAGGAGCAGAUAAGUUUAGUUGGCCAGAAUGAAAGAUGUGAUUAUAUUUCUAUGUCUUCUUCAUUUUUGAGUUUUGAAUUUGAUGGCUCUGCUCUCAAUAGCCAGUCAGGAAAUCACUGGAUGAAAUCAUCAGUGACUUUAUCUCAAGAAGUUGCUUUGAAAUUUAAAAAAGUCAAGAGUUCAUGUGCAUCUGCUUUGUCUUCUUGGCCUGAUUGGAAUGUUGAUGAUGAAAAGGAUCAAAAGUCCAUAGAUUCUUUUUCUGAGAAUGUUGUUAUGGAUUCACACUCACAAGGAGAGCCUCAGGAAAUCUCAGAUGGCACAAAAAAUUUAAAUUUAUUUACUGAAAUUUUACCUGGUAGCGAAGAGCCUCAGGAAAUCUCAGAGGGCACAGAAAAUUUAAAUUCAUUUACUGAAGUUUCAGAUGCUAGGCAAGAGCCUCAGGAAAUCUCUGAGGACACAAAAAAUUUAAAUUCAUUUACUGAAGUUUCAGAUCCUAGCAAAGAGCCUCAGGAAAUCUCAGAUGACAAAGAAAAUGGAUACUGUUUAGAUGAAAGUGAACCUGUAACAAAGUUAUCAAGAGAUGUGUACCAUCUGAUUGGAGACUCAUCCUGUACAUUGGCUCAGAGACAGUCUCCAGGUAGUGAUAAUGGACUGUCACUAAUUCAAGGUAUUCAUCAGGCAAAUAGUGUAUCACCAUCAGCACCUGUGCAUUCAACAUGUGAUUUGAGAAGAAUAUUUGAAUCACAGUUUCAUCUCCAUCCUCAUGACUAUUUAAUGAGAGCACUGGAGGGAAUGUCAUUGUAUUCACAGGAAGGCUGUCAUGGGACCUUGAGAACACCAUUACAGCCUGAUCUUUCUACUUUUGGUUUGAACAGACAUCACAAUGCUGACCAUCGCUUGGAUGUGCCUCAUUUAUCAGACAGAUAUUCUGAUGCUGUAGAGCCCAUUCCUCCCCCAUUCCAAAUGGUCAGAAUAGGAGAGGAAAGCAGGAGCUCUGCUGAGGUUCAACGUCUAGAGGCACCUGCAGGUCAUUUUGCUGGAGCUUGUCACAUGUCAGUGGAAGAGACAGAUCAAGUAGAAAUCCAUGAUGUAGAUUUAGAUAGCCACAGAGCACCAUGGGUUGAGAAUUUUGAGCAAUUACCAUUCCCUCAACCCAAUGAUAUUGACGUGGCAAUAGACUGCAGGGCUCAUGCAGAUUUGCACAGGGAAAACAUUUUGAUAUUCAAUAAUGUUGCCAGAUGUUUCCAUUGUCGUGUCAGAGUUCCCAAGGUUCAGAACAUUCCAUGUGGACACUGUACAUUCUGUCUAAUCUGUUCCUUUAGGUUUGACCCAUGCCCUACUUGUCACUGUCCAGUCGUAGGUCAUGAACCUUUCACACUCUAGCCAGUGUUUCACAGGUUGUGAUUACAAGAAGAAACAUUCCAGACACAACUCAUCUGAUAGGUAUGCAACUCUUUUUAAGGACCAUCUGAAUUUGAUGUUGUCUUGAAUGGUAAUCCUGAUAAUAUUGUAACAAAAUUAUUUAUAAAUUUUUUAAUUUUUUAGAAGUAGACAAAAUAUUUUGUUGAGAAUAUAUUUUAUAAGUUUAUAUAUGGCCUACUGUAAAUAUUGUUUGCUUUAAUUCUAUUCUUAAGUGAUAUAUAUAAUUUUUUAUAUAAUAUAAAUAAUAUUUAUAUAUUUUUUUAAUAUAGUAAUUUACACAGAUUUUGAUCUAAUACAGAGAUCAUUGCAAUACAUGUAUAAAUAAAUUGCAAAAUUUGAUCUAAUAUAGAUGUCACUGCAAUGCAUUGUAUUGUAUAAAUAAGUUGCAGAAUUUGAUCCAAGACAGAGGUCACUGCAAUAUGUGUUAUGGUAUAAAUAAGUUGCAGAAUUUGAUCGAAGACAGAGGUCACUGCAAUAUAUAUGUGAUAUGGUAUAAAUAAGUUGCAGAAUUUGAUCCAAGACAGAGGUCACUGCAAUAUAUAUGUGAUAUGGUAUAAAUAAGUUGCAGAAUUUGAUCCAAGACAGAGGUCACUGCAAUAUGUGAUAUGGUAUAAAUAAGUUGCAGAAUUUGAUCCAAGACAGAGGUCACUGCAAUAUGUGAUAUGGUAUAAAUAAGUUGCAGAAUUUGAUCCAAGACAGAGGUCACUGCAUUACUUGAUGAAGUGUUAAUAAAAUUUACUUCAUUUUUAAACAAUAAUUUUUUUAAGGGGCUGUCCAUAAAUGAUGUCCAAGUUUUUAGAGACAAAUUCUUCUGAAGAUUGCAGAAUAAAAAAUAAAACAAUUUCCUUAAAUAUUCUCCUUUUACCCCAUCUGAUUAUUUCAGAAUCCACAUUGUAUGACUCAUUAAACUCAACUGUUAAAUGGGUCUAGCUUAGAGUUAUGAUUAACUGGAAGAGGUUGAAUGAUUAAUUGAAAUGUUGUGAAAUAUUAGCAGAAGUGGUAAAACAGGAAGCACUAGAAGUUUAUCUGAUGGAAAGUACUAAAACAUAACUUCUCUUCAAAGUGUCAAAUCACUGCGCAACUUUAUGUUUUAAUCUCAUAAAAAUAAAACUUAGAAAUAAAUAGAAAGUGAUGUCUCAUUACUCACUGGCCAAUGACAUCACACUACUAAGUGGCCACUGACAUUACUCAAGAUUUUAAGAACAAUGAAAUAAAAAAACCUUUUUCCCCACAAAUGAAAUAAAAAAAAACUUUUUCCCCACGUCAUCUUACAUCAUAACUUG